AUGCUUUCUCGUCUCCUGCUCACUUCCGUCUUGUCCUCGGCGCUCCUGACUCCACCGGGCAGCGCGCAGCAGCUCUUCGCCGCCCACUCGGAUGGAAACGUCAGCACACUCGCCCUCAGACAGACGGGCAACAUAUACAACCUGUCCGUCACAUCUGUGACCAAGGACUGCGAGGUUAAUCCUGCGACCCUGAAUCUCGACUUCUCGCAACGCAUCUUGUACUGCUUGGAUCGCGGCAAGGGGUCUUCGACACAGGGAUCGCUGAAUUCCUUCUCCAUUGGUGAUGAUGGAAAACUUAGCCGGAUUGCGCGCGUGAGUGCACCGCUUAGCGGUGUUGCUGCGGAAUACUUCGAUGCGGGUGGGAAUGGAGCGAGAGCAACAGCAACAGAAGUGCUAUUGGCGUCUACCGUCUGGGCGACAAAGGCGCCCUGA